GGCAUUAAUUUCCCAGCAUGCCCUGGGCUUAUCCUUUUCCUCCAUUUUUUACAUCUGUGCAGGUUACGAAGCCGGACGCCUGACGAUCAUAAUGCCCGGAAGACUGUGGAGCAAGGCCAUCUUCACAGGCUACAAGCGUGGUCUGAGGAACCAGCGUGAGCACACGGCUCUGCUGAAGGUGGAAGGGGUCUACACGCGCGAAGAGACAGACUUCUACCUUGGCAAGCGCUGUGCCUACGUCUACAAGGCUAAGAAAAACACAAUGACCCCUGGUGGCCAGCCCAACAAGACCAGGGUCAUCUGGGGCAAGAUCACACGUGCCCAUGGCAGCAGUGGGAUGGUGCGUGCCAAGUUCAGGAGCAACCUGCCCGCUAAAGCCAUCGGACACAGAGUACGAGUGAUGCUGUAUCCAUCACGUGUGUGAGCCUUUGUGUACAUUAAAUAAAGUGGUCCAAUCCCUAA